UUCACACCAAAUCAGUAUCUUCAUCUGGCACAGUCUCUCUCCACUCUCACUCCCGUUGCAGAAGCAUUCCGGCGACUUCUCCGGUCAAGUCCUGGCAACCGUUCUACCUAAGCCAUGGGUAGAGAAUGAGGAGCCGUCGGCGAUCAUCAUGUCGGUUUCUUGUGCUGACUACUUCCCCGAUUCCGACCUUCUCUGCGACGAGGACACGUCCGGAAUCUUGUCCAGAGAGUCGACGGAGUGCUCCUCCGACCUCGAUUCCUCUCCGUCGUCCACGGAGGAGUCGAUUGCUGGAUUCAUCGAACACGAGCGCAGCUUCGUUCCGGGAUGCGACUACUUUUCCAGGUUUCAAUCUCAAUCGCUUGACGCCUCCGCGAGAGAGGAAUCUGUUGCAUGGAUUCUCAAGGUACAAGCUUACUUUGGAUUUCAGCCACUGACGGCGUAUCUUUCCGUCAACUACAUGGAUCGGUUUUUGGAUGCUCGGCGGUUGCCGCAAGCAAAUGGGUGGCCACUGCAACUUCUGUCCGUUGCUUGUUUGUCUUUAGCUGCAAAGAUGGAGGAACCCUUGGUUCCGCCCCUUGUGGAUCUUCAGGUAGAAGGUGCCAAAUACAUCUUUGAGCCGAAGACGAUUCGUCGGAUGGAACUGCUUGUUCUAGGUGCUCUGGAUUGGAGACUAAGAUCAGUCACGCCGUUCAACUUCCUCAGUUUCUUUGCGUACAAGCUCGAUUCAACUGGAACUUUCACUGGCUUCCUUAUCUCACGAGCUACAGAAAUCAUCUUAUCAAAUAUCCAAGAGGCUAGUUUUCUUGCGUACUGGCCAUCAUGCAUUGCUGCCGCUUCCAUACUCUGUGCCGCGAAUGAAAUUCCUAAUUGGUCUCUAGUCAGGCCUGAGCAUGCUGAGUCAUGGUGUGAGGGGCUUAGAAAAGAGAAGAUCAUAGGUUGCUACCAAUUCAUGCGAGACUUUGUGAUCACCAAUAGCCAGACGAAGCCCCCUAAAGUGUUCCCACAGCUUCGAGUAACGACGAGGUUCACAACAAAGUCAAGUAUGUCAUCAUACUCAUCGCCUUCCUCUUCCUCCUCGUCCUCAUCGCCUUACAAAAGGAGGAAAUUAAAUAACUGCCUGUGGGUAGAUGAUGAUGACAAAGGACACUCCGAGUGAAAUGAGAAAAAAGAGACAGAGAAGAAAGCCGCAAUAAAUGAAGGAGAAGAAAAAGAAAUAAGGUGGUCCAAUCCCAAGUUGCCUAGAAACCUCAGCAUUUCUAAGAGGAUAUUUGAUAUCAAGGCGCAGAUGAUAUAGUAUAUAUAUAAUUUGAGAUUUUGGUGAGUUUAUUUUUUAUUUAUUUUUUGUUUUUAGCCUGGGGAGCGCAUGGCCGUUCAUUAAAUGGCUUCGCAGAUUCCCAAGGAAGCGGGAUAUGUAUCAAUUUAUAAUAUUUCUGCUUGGAAAGUGAGGGGGAGAUAGGAAAGGGAUGGGAAAGGUGCAUUUAAUGGUUUGGGUCAAGCAACUGUGGAAGAAGUGGGGAAUUGGAAUUCAAAGGUGACAUGAUUACUGGUGAAAGGGAAGGGGGAGAUGGUGGGACGCUGAUUUAGAGCUUGUGAAAAGAGAAAAGGCAGAUGGCAGAAAUCAAGUGGGUAGGCAGAUUUAAUUAGGCGAUGAAGCUUUGAAGUCUGGGCCAUUCAAUAUUCAUAUCAACCAUCAAGGGGACUCCAAGUCAAGCUUCUCAUCUUACCCAGCAAUCCCGCGUUCCUUCGUUGGAAUAACCCCCCGAGAAAACAGAAAAAAAAAAAAAGAGGCAAUAAUCUGAAGUUUGCUUCAUUUUGUGGACUUUCUUAUGGUUCGGGUGCAGACUCUUCGCAGUUCCUAUGUGUGACACAUACGUAUCUGUGUCUGGGUUUUUUUUUCUUUGUUCUUUUUAUUUUUUGGCGGGAACUUUCGUUUUUCUUCCCUUGUGGCCUCGAGCUUUGGCCUAGAGUUUUAUAUGUAUACAGGACUCCAACAUCUGGUGUCCACACGUGGGAUGGAAUCACGUGUCUAUAGGGUUUUCAAUUUUAAUCUCUCUUCUGCAUUGUUUUCAUUUGUUUGUUUUCAAAGAGGGGUGAGCCCCCUGUUUUUUCUUUUGCAACUUUGCUUAAAGAAAUGCAGAAAAGGUCUCGGGGACCUUUCAUUUCAUGCGUGCUGUGUAUUAUUAUAUAUAUACUGAUGAAUUCAUAAUUUAAUAAUAUAAAGAUGUUUCUGCCGUUAUCAUCAUCA